UGCCACACAGCAGAGGAAAAGACCAGUGAAAUGUCUCUUAAUCGUCGCAGUGUUGUUGGCGGCAGCGAUGCUGACCGUGUUGGUCUUCUGGAUAAAGGCACACGAUGGACAGGUGCAAGCGUCGCCAACUACGCGGCCACCUCAUAUAGUGUUUAUACUAGCUGACGAUUUGGGCUGGGCAGACCUAAGCUACAACGGCAACCCGCAGAUACGCACUCCAAAUAUUGACGCGCUGGCUUGGAAUGGAGUGCGACUCACAAGGCUCUACCACCAGCCGCUGUGCACACCUUCAAGGUCUGCAAUCAUGACUGGGCGCUAUCCCAUUCACACAGGAAUGCAGCACUUCGUAAUCAUGAUGUCCGAACCCAGAGGAUUGCCUCUCAACCUUAAGCUCCUUCCGGAAUGGCUUAACGAUCUGGGAUAUGCAUCUUACAUCCUCGGAAAGUGGCACCUCGGUUUCCACAAGACUGAGUACACACCUACAAACAGGGGCUUCUUGAGCCAUGUCGGAAGCUGGGGCGGUGCCUGCGAAUACACAACACAUCAAAGGGCAGCGAUCGGUUCUAAUGACUAUGGUCUGGAUUUUAGAAGAAAUUCAACACUGGCACCAGAGGAUAGUGGGCGAUACUACACUGAAAUCAUCACGGAAGAGGCAGUGUCACUAAUCAAGAAUCAUCCAGUAGACAAGCCUAUGUUCCUGUACGUUGCCCACCUGGCUCCGCACUACGGCACCGUUCGGCUGCCCCUUGAGGCGCCUGCUGAGUAUCAUGAAGGCUAUGAUUUCAUUGGACCGAGGAACCGUACAAUUUACGCAAGUAUGGUGUCAGCGCUCGACAAGUCUAUCGGGAAAAUUUUCGAGGCUCUUCAUGAGGCAGGAAUGCUAAACAACACGUUCCUGUCAUUCAGCUCCGACAAUGGUGCCGCCGCAACAUUUUGGGGCACCUACGGCGCGUCAUCAUAUCCUCUGCGGGGAGAAAAAUCUACCCUCUGGGAGGGUGGCGUACGAGUGCCCGGGUUCGUAUGGACUGCGGAGCCACUGUGGCUCGGAAGAGGAUCUCAAUAUGACCGCAUUUUUCACGCUACAGACUGGCUACCGACCCUAUACGAGAUGGCAGGAGGAGAUCCGUCCAAGCUUGGUGGAAUCGAUGGUGUAAGCCACCUGCGGUCCAUAACUGAUCCUCUCACCAAUCUGCCUCGCAGCGAGGUACUGUUGAACAUUGAUCCCAUCGAGGGCAAUGAGGCAAUUAUUCAGGAUUCGUACAAGCUUGUCUACGGAGCGUUUCCUGAUGGUACGUCUGAAUGGUUGGACAUACCCGGAAACAGGCUAUCGGCAGCAGAAGAAGCUAAACUGGCCCAUCAAAGCUGCAUUGAAAGCAUCACCUACAAGAUUCUUAACAUUCGGGGUUUUAGUCCGAACUGCGGUGAAGGAGGUGGUGUCUACUCAACGUCCGUGAACUGUGGGAAGCAAAACUCAAGCAAGGCCUCGUGUGAUUCAACGGUCACACCCUGCCUCUACGACAUAGAGAGGGACCCAUGCGAGUACAACGACAUCGCCUUUGAAAACCCAGAGAUCGUGCAAAAGCUGCAAGCUCGUAUUUCGUCCUACAAAAAGGAGGCAGUAAAGCCCAGCAACCUCGACCCAGAUUCCUCCUCAUUGCCUCAUAAUCAUGGUGGAGCGUGGGUCAGCUGGAAAGAUAAUUUAACGUGAACUCGAAACGUAUCGUUAGAGCCAGAGAAUCCUUGUUACAUGAGCAAUCACCAUGAUUAAAACCAAAGUGACUUUGUCUAAAGAA